AUGUUUGUCUUUCACUUGACAUUCACUAUUGUGAAUACAUCUCAAACAAACUCUUCUUCUUCGAACACUGAUGACAAUGGUCCUGUCAUUGGUAUCGAUCUGGGAACUACCUACAGUUGUGUAGCCAUCUAUCGAAAUGGUCGUGUUGAAAUUAUUGUCAACGAUCAAGGAAAUCGAAUCACACCUUCUGUGGUGGCCUUCUCUGAGAAUGGAGAACGUUUGAUUGGAGAAUCAGCCAAAAAUCAAGCAACUCUCAAUCCUUACAAUACCAUCUAUGAUGCAAAGAGACUCAUUGGUCGUCGUUUCUCUGAUCCACAACUUCAAAACGACAUUGCUCUUUUACCAUUCAAAGUGGUGGACAGGAAUGGAAAGCCAAAUAUUGAGGUCGAAAUUCGAGAAGGAGAGAAACGAGUCUUCUCACCUGAAGAGAUCUCAGCCAUGAUUCUUGGAAAGAUGAAACUCAUCGCAGAAACAUAUUUGGGACAUAAAGUGACACGUGCUGUCAUUACCGUCCCAGCCUACUUUAAUGACGCACAAAAGCAGGCCACUCGUGACGCUGGAGCUAUUGCAGGAUUGAAAGUAGAGAGAAUCAUUAAUGAACCUACUGCUGCAGCAAUUGCUUAUGGAAUUGAUAAGAAGAAGCAAAAUCAGAAGGUUCUUGUCUAUGAUUUGGGUGGUGGAACGUUUGAUGUGAGCAUGUUACUGAUGGAUGAAGAUUUCUAUGAGGUGUUGGCCACAAGUGGAGACACACAUUUAGGAGGAGAAGACUUUGAUAACCGAGUAGUGAGAUGGUUAUUGGAAGAAUUCAAAAGAAAGUAUCCAAACAAAUCCAAGUCCAUUGAUAUGGAUAAGAAAGCCGUUCAAAAGUUAAAGAGAGAAGCAGAGAAGGCCAAGAGAGUUCUAUCUUCACAACAUGAGACUAGAAUUGAAAUUGAGGCGUUGCAUGAUGGUGUGGAUUUUAGUGUGAAAUUG